ACCGGGCAGCCCAUCAGCUCUGAGGACGGAGACUCCCACCCAGCUGUGUCCCUCCUCAGCUCUACAGAGCAUGAUACAUGAGGGAUAUUUCUGACUUCAGCGAACAUGAAUGAGAUCAAGAUCGCUGUGCUGGGCAGUGAAGGUGUCGGAAAAUCAGCUCUCAUCGUCCGGUUCCUCACAAGGCGCUUUAUCGGCGAGUAUGCUUCUUCCUCAGAGUGCAUAUACAGGAAGCGUCUGUCUGUGGAUGGGAGGCAGAUUAAUCUUGAGCUCUAUGACCCUUGCUCUCAGUCUUGUGAGGGUAAGUCUACUUUAAACAACCAGAUCCACUGGGCUGAUGGUUUUGUUGUGGUCUAUGAUAUCAGUGACCGCUCAUCCUUCCUUACUGCCAAAGCCAUAGUCCACCUCAUCAGAGAGCCACACCUGGGAACUGCCAAAAGGGAUGUGGACUCAUUCAUAUUUUUAGUGGGUAACAAACAGGACCUUUGCCACAUGAGAGAGGUGCGGUGUGACGAAGGUCAGUGUCUGGCUGCUGAGUUUCACUGCCAGUUCUACGAGCUGUCGGCAGCUGACCACUACCAGGAGGUGGCCCUCAUAUUCUUCAAGAUGGUGCAAAACGCUAGCCUGGGCAGCAAGGCCAAGGAGCGCAGGAGACGCCCCAGCGGUUCCAAGUCCAUGGUCAAACUCAUCAACAACGUCUUUGGCAAGAGGAGGAAAUCAGUGUGAAGUGUCAAAUACUAGGACAGCUGUCAGUCAAGCCUGGAACAAUGGGACUGGACUGAAACACACCCUCUGACUUGGCUUUGUAUUUGAUUGUUUGGUGUUGCUAUUGAUUAACAUUAAACUGACAUUUGUAUGUGUAAAUAGGUAUUUGUGUGCUGUAACAGAAGCACACAGCACCUACUAACGGAGCCUGCUUGCUGCUUACUUCCACUAAUUCAUGCUUUUGCUCUUAAAGAUCAUUAAAAGCUUUUCAU